GUCAACACAUUUCACAAAAAAAGCUUAUCCCAUUCGGAAACAAUUUUCAGCGUCUCUCGUUGCUCUGCUCCUCUCUGCCAUGGCCAAAGUUAUCGUCGACUCCGAAUACCUCAAGGAUGUCGAGAGAGCUCGCCGCGAGCUCCGCGCUCUCAUCUCCAACAAAAAUUGUGCUCCGAUCAUGCUUCGAUUGGCGUGGCAUGACGCGGGGACUUAUGAUGUGAACACGAAGACCGGAGGUCCGAACGGUUCGAUUCGGAAUGAGGAGGAGUACGCUCACGGAGCUAACAGUGGCUUGAAAAUAGCGCUUGAAUUUUGCGAACAAGUGAAGUCGAAAUGUCCAAAAAUUACAUAUGCCGAUCUCUACCAGCUUGCAGGUGUUGUUGCAGUUGAAGUUACUGGUGGGCCCACAGUCAGUUUUGUUCCUGGUAGAAAGGACUCAAAGAUUUCUCCGAAGGAAGGGCGGCUUCCAGAUGCUAAUAAAGGAGUGCCACAUCUAAAGGAGGUGUUUUAUCGGAUGGGUUUAUCUGAUAAAGACAUUGUAGCACUUUCUGGCGGUCACACCCUGGGAAGGGCACAUCCUGAAAGAUCAGGCUUCGAGGGAGCUUGGACUAAAGAGCCACUGAAAUUUGACAAUUCAUAUUUUCAGGAGCUUUUCAAGGGGGAAUCAGAGGGUCUGCUGAAACUCUCCACUGAUCUGGCUUUGCUGGAUGAUCCUGACUUUAGGCGUUACGUGGAGCUUUAUGCUAAGGAUGAAGAUGCUUUCUUUAGAGACUACGCAGAGUCGCACAAAAAGCUUUCUGAAUUAGGUUUCACUUCUCCUGGUGCCAAGACAAUCGUCAAAGAUGGCACUAUAUUAGCACAAAGUGCUUUUGGAGUUGCUGUUGCUGCUGCAGUUGUGAUCGCUGGCUACUUAUAUGAAGCCAGGAAAAGAUGAAGUAGAUUAUUAAGAAAAUAAAAAAAUAAAACAUGGUUACAUUUUUAUAUUCUCUACUAUGAUAUGAUAAUUUGAGACAGGCAUUGGUCCCUACCCUCUAGCCGGAUCAUAUAUUUGUAUGUGGAUACAUUUUACCACUUACUAAAUAUUUGAAAUAACACACUAGAGGUUAUACA